CUUGUGCACUGUCCUUCACCUCCUUCCUAAAAGUUUCACCGGGCGGUCGCUGUGUUUAUGUCCAUACUUGGGUUUUGGCCUCAGCUGUGUACGAUUGGCUCCUUGUCUCUAUAUAAAAGCGCUCUAAGCCCCCACAGAGCUCCCCUCUAUUCACAAGAUCCAUAACCUCGCCAAUAUGUCUUCUGAAUCCGAAACCCAGGCCCCUUCACAGUCUGUUGGUCCUGAAUACCGUCCAGCUACCCAGAAACCAACUGCAACGGUCUCCACUGCCCUCGACCAUGAGAAUGUUCAUAUUCUUGCGCAGACGCCGCAGCUGAUAGCGCUGCUAACCAUGAUUCGAGACAAGGACACUGGGCGUGCCGACUUUAUUUUCUAUUCCAAUCGUAUAAUACGAUUACUUGUUGAAGAGGGCCUCAACCAUCUCCCGGUAGUUGAGCACACGAUCACUACCCCAGUGGGGCGGAAUUACUCUGGCGUGAAAUUUGAGGGCAAGAUAUGUGGGGUCUCUAUCAUGCGGGCUGGCGAGUCUAUGGAGCAAGGUCUACGAGAUUGCUGCAGGUCUGUGAGGAUUGGAAAGAUCCUCAUUCAGCGCGAUGAGGAGACCUCCAAACCGAAAUUGUAUUAUGAUAAGCUCCCCGAAGACAUUGCCGAGCGAUGGGUUCUCCUCCUCGAUCCUAUGCUGGCCACAGGUGGAUCUGCCCUCAUGGCAGUGGAUGUUCUCAAGUCACGAGGGGUACCGGAAGACCACAUUCUCUUCCUCAACCUGAUCGCCAGCCCAGAAGGAGCAAAGAACUUUGCCAAAAGGUUCCCCAAAGUUCGAGUGGUGACAGCCUUUGUGGAUAUGGGGUUGGACGCGAAGAACUACAUCGUCCCUGGCCUCGGAGAUUUUGGUGACCGCUUCUAUACCAUGUAAAGCGAUCUAGGGCCGAGGGACAUCUCGAUUCCCGGAUGUAUGGAUGUUGGCCAUUUAUGUCAAAGCCUAAAGACAUAAGUUGAAUGAGUAAAUACCAGAUAGAUAUCUUGGAAUUCGGUGUGGGGAAGUCGCUGCCAGUGCAGUCGGCAUAACAAUG